AUGGCAGAAAAUGUCAUUGACUCUGACCUGAACUUGCCUGAACCACCCAGAGCCAGGCUACACACCAUCCCUGAUGGCUCAGGUCAAAGCCAUUGUCCCAGAACACGAGUUUCUGCUCUUGGAGCUGUCCUGCUUGUGAUCAUCCUCCUGCUGGCCAUAGCCCUGUAUCUGACACUCACCACGGGCAGCCAACAGGACUCAACAGCACUGACCUCCAGCAGCCAAAAUGUCUCAGCACCAUUGUCCCCCAGCAGCCAAGAGGAAUCAACAGAGUCACCCCCCAGCCAUGAGGAGGCACCAGGAAGAAGUUGUUGUUCCACAACUCGAGUUGCUGUCCUGGUCACUGAGAUAAUCGUGCUCCUGCUCAUUGUUGUGUGUCAGGUACUCCCAUGUAAAAGCCAUUGUUCCAGAACACAAUUGUCUGUCCUGGUUGUUGUCCUGGUUCCCAUUGUAGUGGCCCUCACCCUGUCUUGGACACUCCCACAUUCUCCAACUGCAGGCAGCCAAAAGGGCUCAACUAAAUUGUCCCCCACCAUUCAAGAGGACCCAACAACAUUGUCUCCCACCAUUCAAGAGGACCCAACAACGUUGUCCCCCACCACUCAAGAGAACCCAACAACACUGUCCCACAUCCCUGAAAGGGCACCAGGCUGCCCCACACCAUGGAAGAAACAUGGCAGAAGAUGCUACUUCUUUUUUCCAGAGAGGGAAGCAAAGGACUGGGAUGCCUCCCGUGCAGAAUGCACUGCCAUGGGCUCAGACCUGGUGGUCAUUGACAGCAGGCAAGAGCUGAGGUACCUUCAAUCACAGUCAAGAUAUAAAUACUACUUACUUGGUCUCAGGCGCUCUCCAGAGGAGCAGAAGUGGAAGUGGAUCAACAACGUGGAACAUGACCCAGCCAUGUUCCAUAUAAUUGGACCUUACUUUAACUAUCUCUGCACAGCCAUUGGAUAUGGUGAAGUACAUGCUGCACCUUGUGCCGGAACCCGAACAACACAAAAUAUGUGUGAAAAAGCUGCAACAAUUUCCAACAGGCAUCUGUAGGAGAGCUAAAACCAUCAUGUGCAGGCUGAUCUGUUCUGCCCAGCUUC